GUCCUGUUACUACGUUUUUAUAUUUUUAAAGACAAGCGUUUAUUAUUUUUAUUCAUUUGUGUUUGAAAUUUUUAUUGAACAAAAAAUUUGAUACAACCAUGUCAAUGUUUAAUAAUUCACACCACGAAUCGGGUGGUGUCGUACUAUUUAACGGUGAAUUGAUUCUGUUAUUCUGUGAAAAUGUUAACAUUCAAGUUGUUGAACGUAAUCAUAAUGAAACUGGCAAACUUUACUUGACCACACAUAGAAUGAUAUUCACUAAUCGUUCAAUGUCGAAUAGCAUGAAAUCAUUAUCGAUUCCUUUUUACACAUUACAUGAUCUAUCAUUGGAACAACCAAUUUUCGGUGCAAAUUACAUCAAAGGCAAAUCGUCUGAGGCUGGAAACAAUUCUAAAUUCACUUUUAAAUUGAAAUUCACAAGUGGUGGUGCUACCGAAUAUGGACAAGCUUUGUUGAAUGCAGCUAAAUCGGUCAGGAAUUUUCAACAAUCCAAUGCUUUCCAACCUCCACCAGCUUAUUCAAAUCCAGCUGGACAAUAUUAUCAGGCACCACCAAAUGUUUAUCAGCCUGCUUAUAACUGUGGCUUUGCAUUACCGAAUGAUAUAUUCAAUCAACCGCCACCGGCUGGAUUUAUCUAUACAUCGGAAGCACCACCACCCUAUCCAGGAUUGAAUACACAUGAAAUGCAAAAAUCGGCUUACCCAACACAACCACCACCACCACCACAACAGCAACAAUUUGGCAGUGGACAGCCCCCACAAAUGGGCUUUGGUGGUUUUCAACAACCUCUUAACAGUGGCGGCAGCUAUCCUCAACAGCCAGCAUUUGCACCACAAAUUCCACCACCAGCUUAUCCAGGAUCACAAAAUGGAUAUCCAUCCGGUGGCCAGAUUCCUCAGCCACCAACUAAUCCAAUGUAUCCAAAUCUUAACGAUUUGAAACCAUCGGCACCUCCUUCUUAAAAAAAAAUUAGAUGUAGCCAACAAAAAUUCAUUUGAAAUUUCAAAGAAUAUCUUUCCUUUAUUCUCGCUAUUUUUCUUUAUAAAAAUAUUCAAAUAUUUA